UCGAAAGUAAACGAGUUCACAGUUAGAAUUUGAUCAUUUUGCGUAGAAAAUAUUUUGUUUUUGGCAAAAGUGAAAUUCACAAACGAAAUUCUGUACAAGGAAAAUUAUUUUUUCGACAAAUGCAGUGCUGUAAACAACAAAAACAAUAGUAAAUAUUUUAAUUAAACAUUAGAAAAUAUACUCAACCAUGGAUAAUGAAACGCCAAAUGAUUUAGAAUUUGAACAAAUUAAUCAGAUAUACGACGAGUGCCUUAGUUAUUUAAAAACAGUCAAAGUUGAUCACUGUGUGUAUGAGGAUGAAAUAAAACUAAACGACCCAGACCCUGGAUAUGAAACUAUUGCAGAAGUAAAGGAAAGAAUAAAAAAUACCGAUAUAAAUGCUAUAUACGCUGUGCCAAAAUCCCAAUCCUUAAAUCCAGUUCCAAACAUAGAUUAUCAGGUUGAAAAUGAAAAGUUUUCUAGUGGAAGUGCAAACUCAGUUUCAAGUGAAUUUAAAUCUGGAAGGUUAAGACGUCUAUCUCAACAGCUACCUAAAAUUAUAAUAACUCAAAGUAAUACGAGCCUCAACAUUACGAAAGGACCAAAUGAAAAGAUUCUCCAAAAUCAUAUUGUUGAAAAGAAAAUUGUUAAUCAUAAUAAAAUACACACGAAAAGUCCUAUAAAAAAGUGUGGGUUAAUAAAAAGAACUGAACCUUCUUUCCGAUAUAAGGCCUAUUGCGAUUUUCCGAAGCGACUGGUCUCUAAAAAUGGCAUUGAAAACGUAGCCUUAAUAUCCAACGUUCCGUUCGAGAAAAUGCGUUUACUGAACGAUACCUUUCACACAUUGAUCAAUUUACGCUGGCGCUGGAUUGUCAUCGGUACGGUGAUUGUACACUUUGCCAUCUGGCUUGUGUUUGCUAUUUUCUGGUACAUCACAGCCCUCGCGCAUUACGACUUUGAACCCGAACCACCGCAACGCUCUUGUGUCACUGGUGGCAAGGAUUUUGUUACCAUCUUCCUUGCUUCUGUUGAAGCUCAGACUACAAUCGGUUUUGGAGAUCGCGCGAUAGAUGAAGAAUGUCCAGAAUCAAUAUUCCUUUUCAUUAUGCAGCUGAUACUCGGAACCGGCUUAUCAGGAGUGCUAACAUGCGUUGUAUACGCUAAGUUGACGAGGCCAGAAAAGUUGUCUCGAGAUGGUGUUGGAUUCAGCAAAAAAGCUGUUAUUUGUAUGCGCGAUGGCCGGUUGUGUCUUAUGAUCAGAGCAUGGGACCUCAACUACGAUCACAUUAUUAGUUCUGAGUUUACAGCACACUUCGUCAAUACGCACAAGACAAAAGAAAGCGAAGUGAUUCGCUACUAUGCACGAAGCCUGCCUCUCCAGCAACGGCAAUUCCUACUGUGGCCUGUUACCCUAGUACACGAGAUCGACGCAACCAGCCCCUUGUUCCGUCUGUCACCCCAAAAUAUUGCUGAAAACAGCUACGAGAUCACAGUAAGCUUGAAAGGUGCGUCUGCCUCCAUGGGUACCUUCACUCAGAGCCAAACCUCAUAUCUCCCGAAAGAAGUUGUUUGGGGACAUCGCUUUCCUCCAGUGGUAACGUACGACAGACACAGACAGCAGUACGUGAUCGAUCACUCGAAGCUGAACACUAUCGAGCCAGUUGAUACUCCGUAUUGUAGUGCCUAUGAACUAUAUAGGGUAUCCGGCUCACCGAAAGAUAAAUUGGAGCCCCCCGGCACACCUGGGAGUUUCAGUGAAAAAGUGUCUACAUUCCAGAUCGAAAGAACAUCAUCUUUCAAAAGGAAAGAUAAAAAGAUCUGAAUAUUUUAGAAACGAAAUUGAUUAUUUUGUUAUUUGGG